AUGGCUGCCGAAGGACCGCCACCCACCAAGGACGCCAUAACAUGCCACAUUCUCGACACGAGCCUGGGCCGCCCGGCGCGGGGCGUCCGCGUGAAGCUCGAGGGCGGCGGCCACGCGGCGGCGGGGGCCGCGACGGGGGCACUCAAGACGUUUGAGUCGCAGACCGACGACGACGGGCGCAUCAAGGCGUGGCUCGCGUCCUCGGACGCCACCACGGCCGGGGACGUGCCGACGUACACGCUGGCCGACGUGCUCGGCGAGCUCGACCAGGAGGGCGCCGAGUCGUCGACGUGGACGCUGCGGUUCUUCACCGAGGAGUACUUUGGCGGCAGGGACAAGACCUUCUUCCCCGAGGUGGUCGUCACGUUCACCGUGCUCAGGGGCCAGACGUAUCAUGUCCCCCUGCUGCUGGCGCCCUACAGCUACUCGACCUACCGUGGUAGCUAG